AUCAAUUUCUACCUAUCGGCCGAUCAGCCUAUCCAACGUUUAAUUCUUGCGCGUCAAGUCUUUGACUUAUUCCACCAAGAUCUUUGCAAUUUCAGUCAAUUUAGGAAACGUAAAAUAUGAAGCUCAACUACAAUUGAACCCGUUCUUGGAUCAUGCCAAUUGCCAUGUCAAUUGAAAUCCGCCCAUCAUGUUCGAAAAUCUCUGCACCCUACCUCUAAGCGCCGAACUCUUCUCCCAGGCCUUACACCCGACGGAACCUCUCCUAGGGGUUGGCCUCUCUACCGGACACGUCCAAUGCUUCCGUCUACCUUCCAACGAUCGAUCGCCCGAGGACGAUUCCGAUGCCGACGCCGACGUGAGCGUUCUGUCGGACGGCAAAGGCACCAUCGACACGAUAUGGAGAACCAAGAGACAUAAGGGCAGCUGCCGCACCUUGGCAUUCAGCAAGGACGGCUCAGCUCUAUACUCGGCUGGUACCGAUUACCUCCUCAAGCACUUCUCUCCCGUAACCGGCCAGGUAGCCUCCAAGAUCGCUAUCCCCUCUAAGAAAUCCGUUCCGGACUCGCCCUCUCUACUACACGUCCUCUCGCCGCAGACUCUCCUACUUGCGUGCGACUCGGGCGCCCUCCACCUGCUCGAUCUGAGAGACGGCGCGCUCGCAGCUUCGAAGCCGCAACAGACGCAUUUCCCGCACGACGACUUCGUUUCGAGCAUCACCGCGCUCCCCCCAUCCGCCGAGAGCACGAGCGGCUAUAGCAAGCAAUGGGUUUCUACGGGCGGGACGACGCUAGCUGUUACUGACCUGCGAAGGGGCGUCCUGGUACGCAGCGACGACCAGGAGGACGAACUCCUAUGCACAGCCUUCAUACCGGGAAUAGGACCUAAGAAAAAUCGCCAGAACGGCGUCGUCGCCGUGGGAACCGGCACCGGCGUCCUUACUCUGUGGGACAAGGGGGCUUGGGACGAUCAGCAAGACCGCAUCGUUGUCGAUCCCGCAAAGGGAGGCGGCGAAAGUCUCGACUGCAUCGUGCAGAUUCCGGAGGACAUCGCGGGAGGAAAAAAAGUAGUCGUGGGUGUGGGAGACGGCAGCUUACGCAUUGUCGACCUAGUAAAAAGAGAGGUCGAAGAUCACCUACGCCACGACGAUAUCGAGGCGGUAGUCGGCCUCGGGUUUGAUUGUCAAGGUCGCAUGAUUAGUGGCGGAGGACAGGUGAUUAAGGUGUGGCAGGAGUCGCCUUCGUUAGGUGCAAACGCCGACGAUAGCGACGAGAACAGCGACUCGGACGAAUCAGACGACGACGAGGACAUGAACGGAAAUACGACAGCUGGGAACGGUGCUAAACGUCACGCGAGCGGAGACUCAGAUGAUAGCGACUCGGACAGCGACGAAGAGCGGAAGAGAGGUAAAAAGAAGAAACGAAAGGGAAAGGCGAAUGCCGAUCUUGGGCCUCACGGGCCUCACGGGGUCUUGCGAUUCAAGGGCUUGGAUUAAGCGAUAUUAUGCGCCUCGCCGCGGUUCCGACUUCUCUCUGCCGAGAUACCCAAAAUACUUUAUAAGGGACGAAGUUGGAACCGCCCCGGGUAGCCGAGUAGGUCUCCCGGCUUGUCGCUUAUGUAUUUUCGCGCCUUUUCGAUAUGGUGGAUAUGGACUUGUAGUAAUAAGAUAGCGCAAACGCUUAGGUACCUACACGUAAUGUCUAUACAUAUAUUGAACUCGAACAAAGAACGAA